AUGGUUCUAAGCAAAAGAUUUUCUAAGGACAUUACCUCCGUGCUACCCUCAGUAGAGGAGGUAAAUGAUGCAGAAAUUGAGGAAGAUAGUAGUGAAACCAGUCAUGGGAUCGCUAGCAGACCACCCAGCAGACCUUUAGCAAGCCGGAGCCGCGGGAGCGUUGAUAAUAAAGUAGUUGUGAGAUCAGCCAGAGCAAGAUCAAGAAAUGGAGAUGAUGCAGAAAUCAUUGAACCUGAAGAUACUGACUCAAAAGAAGAGCCAGCAAAGGAGACUUCACAUGAAGAGGAAAGUUUUGUUGAAACCAAAGACCAUGAGGAAGACUGGGACACUGAUUUAGAAAUAGAAGAUACAAAGGAAUCUUACGAUGCGACUGGAAAAGCCAAAUAUUUAUCGGUAUGUGAGCUGUAUGGUGUAAUACCCAUUUCACAUUACAUGCAGCACAUGCAGGAUUCUGAGUUUAUAAUGGACCAUCGUGGCUUGGGUAUACAGUCCACUAAAGCUUUGGCUAUUUCUUUGGCUACAAAUACUUCAAUAGUGAACCUGAGUCUUAAUGAUAAUGCACUGGACGGAGACUGUGCUUCAGCUUUAGCAGAUAUGCUGAAGGAAAAUUGCUUCAUAACAGAGCUGCACUUGGCAAAUAACAAGCUUUCACUAAAUGGAGCCAAAGUCAUAACGCGUAUGCUUCUUGAGAACACCACACUUCGGAAGUUGAACCUCUCAGGAAAUCAGUUUAAUGACCAAACAGCAUCACAUUUUGCUGAUGUUCUUAUAAAUAACCAGAAGUUGGAAUACUUAGAUCUCAGUCACAAUGUGUUUGCUGAUGGAUCAGGGGAGAUUCUUGGGAAUGCAAUUGCAGAAAAUACUGGACUUUUGGAGCUCAAUCUCAGCUGGAACCAUUUCCGUGGAAAGGCAGGCAUUGCCAUUGCAAAGGGCUUAGGGGCAAACAUAUUUCUUAAAGUGCUUGAUCUCUCAUAUAACGGAUUUAGCAAUGAUGGUGCAAGUGCCUUGGGAGAUGCUUUAAAGGUUAAUAAUGUACUGGAAGAAUUACAUCUUGGAAACAAUCGUAUUUCCCUAGAAGGAGUUGUACGUUUUUCAUUAUGUAUGAAAGAAAAUAAGACACUGAGAAUCCUGAGGAUGAAUAGAAAUCCAAUUCUAAGUGAAGGCUGCUUUGCGAUUCUGAAGGCCAUACAAGCAAACCCUGAGUCGGCUAUGGAAUUCCUGGAUUUUUCUGAUAUUUUUGUAAACCAAGAGUUUGAUGCUUUGUAUGACGCAGUGAAGACGACUAUGCCAAAUCUGUCUCUUAAACAUGGGGGGAAUUCUGAAAUUUUUAAAAAGCAGUCUUUAAAGGGAGAUCCAGUGAAAAAAAUCAAGCAAUUCAUUAAGGAAAAUAAGCUUCAGCUGUCUGAGUUUUUGGAGAAGAUGUAUAAAGAUAAAAAUGUUCCUAUGACCCAUGAGGUGUUUAACGAAGAUCUGAUGAACAUUGGAAUUAUUUUACCAAAGGAUGAACAACAGCUACUAGCUGAUUUACUUGACAAGGAAAAAAAAGGCACAAUUCAUUUUAGUCUCUUCCCCUGGGUUACCAACAGGGAUCGUUUGAAGAAGUUGUUUGCCUCCUGUGAUUUGGAUAUCACGCCUACUACAUUUGUAUCCAUUAGAACUUCGUUUUUGGGACUAUAUCACUAUAUCAUUGUGUCUAUAUUAUGA